CAUAUAUAUAGUUUUCUUGUUCAUGUGGUGCCAUCUUUAGUGUUGCUAAACCGUUAUUAUAUUUGGUUAAAACUUUAUGACUUUUAAUACUAUUUUUGUAUAUAAGUAGAAGGGAAAAUAGAAAAUAAGUUUUCUCUUAUUUGCUAGAAAAGUAUAUUCUGAAGUUUUUAAAAUUGUCGAAUGAUUUUUAAAAAUGGAUUCUGAUAAAGAUAUUUUUAUCAGAAAUCUAACAUUAGAUAGCUGUGAUACGUGUUUGACUUUUUUACAAAAAAAGAUAGGCGAUGUAAGUUGUGUCAUUUGGGAUGCAGCUUUGGUGCUUGCUAAAUACCUUGACAAAACUAGUCAGAAGAAUAAGUGGUUGAAAGGAAAACGAGUCUUGGAGCUUGGAGCAGGCUUAGGGUGUGCUGGAAUUGUUGCAGCUUGUUUUGGUGCUCAUGUUGUUUUGACCGAUUUGGCAACUGUAUUACCAAUGCUUGAAAAAAAUAUCAAGGCUAACGAAAAGCAGUGGAAAUCUUUAGGAGGAGUUGCUGAAGCUCAGGUUCUCGAAUGGGGAAAAGAAGUUAACAACUUGAAUUUCAAACCUGAAAUAAUUCUUUUAACAGAUUGUGUAUACUAUGAAGAGUCAGUCAAGCCACUUUUGGACACCAUGGAAGUAUUUUUUAAUAAUGAGGGGACCUACGCAAUUUUAUCACAAGAAGAAAGAGACACGCCAAAGCAAGUUUCUGUUUGGAAAGAGUUCAUAACAAAGUUAAAUGAAAGAUUUAAAGUUGAAAAAAUUCCAAUGGCUGAACAGCAUUCAACUUAUUCUUCUCCUGAUAUUCAUUUGAUGAAAAUUUCCAAAAAAUAAAGCUAAUUGUUAUUGUAAAUAAAAUUUUGUAUAUUUUUAAGGUAUUGUUUUUAAUAAGUUAAGAAAAAACCCACAUUUCAAAUUAAAUCUCUACCUUACUUUUAUUUUUAUAAUUAAUUUACUAAUGUUCUUAGAAAUAAAAUCUUUAACAUA